GCGGCUUGAAUCACGCUCGAGCUAUCGCCUCCGGUCUCGCGAGACUAGGUCUUUCAGCGCGUGUACUUUGUCGUGUGCACGGAGGGUCACUGAGCAGCUAGAAGAUGGCGGAUACAUUCGAUAACGGGGACGAUAUGGAGCUGCCCGUCGGGAUAGAAGCGGUAAACCGUUUAAUCCGAGAAAAUGGUCACCUUUUCUCUGAUGGGCACUGUAAAGUGUGCAGUGCUGUUUUGAUUUCAGAGUCGCAGAAACUUGCACAUUAUCAGAGCAGGAAACAUUCAAGUAAAUAUCAACGGUACUUGACCAUUCACCAGACAGAGGGUGUUGCACCAGCAAAAAGAAGAGCUGAGACUGCUUUGGACGCUGGUGAGGAGACCGAUAGGAAUAAGUGCUGCCCAGUCUGCAACAUGACCUUUUCAUCUCCUGUGGUUGCUGCAUCCCACUAUGAAGGAAAAACGCAUGCAAAAAAUCUGAAGCUGAAGUUACAGGGUGGAGUUAAGGAAGGAAUACCUCUUCCCAAGAAGCCUCGCCUAGCGCCACCUGCUCCCGAAAAAAAUGCAGGGACAGGGAUAAUUGAUCGAUCGGACCCUGAAAAGUUUUGCCAGCUCUGCAAUGCCACAUUUAACAAUCCUCAUAUGGCACAACAGCAUUAUGCGGGCAAGAAACAUAAGAAGCAGGAGACCAAGAACAAGCUUAUGACUAUAUAUACCAGCUGUGGGAAUGCUCUGCCGCAAAGUACACCUCUCAAACCUCUAACGCCAGGCUCUGCUUCAACUGGGAACGGCUUCACCUGUGACAUAUGCGAUAUUGUUGUGAAUUCUAUAGCACAGUAUGAGGCUCACAUCAGUGGUUCAAAACACAAGACCAAGGUAACGUCAACGGUAACUACACCUGUGGACAGAUUUUCAACUUUUAAUUCUAUGGGUCCUUAUUCAGCUAGAGGUCCCUCAUCCAGAUUCUCCUCUUCAGCAAGUCAUUUUCCAUCAUCUGGCUUUUCUUCAGCACCUCCGAAUAUUGGCACUACACCUCCUCCCAGGAAAGAACUUAUGUUUCAAAGGUCAUCUGGUUUUGGUUCGGGAUUACUAUCGCUGCCCCCUUAUGCAUCACCAAGCUAUGCAUCACCAAGCUAUGCAUCACCAAGCUAUGCUCGCAAAGAUCUGACAAGACCAGGGGGCUACCAAUACUUUGACCAAGGCUACUAGAUCAAGCGGUCUGUGUUGUUUUUGGCCGCUUCAGUGCUGUGGAACCAAUGAUUCGGAAAUGAAAAUGAAUGUGUUGUCUCACCUCAACCCUUAUUCUGUUCCUAUCCUGUGGAAACAGUACUUAAACAGGAACUGGCUACUCCCUGAACAACGUUUAGAACAGAUAAAGCUCUGUUACAUUUCAGUUUGUUUUUGUUUUUUUAAUUGUAAACUCACUGAGUGCAGUGAACAUUUUUUUUUUUUAAUAUAGUACUGAUCCACAUUAAAUGGUUCAUAAAUUAGAACUUACCUCCACCCCCAGCAAAACAUCCUGUCCUUGCUACGUGGGGAUCGCAAUACUAAUAAAAAGAGGUGUGAUUUUAGCACUUCUGUAAAAGUGGGAAUGGAGGAAUAGUUCUUGUUUACCACCCCUUUUACAAUUUGAUUUACAGAAAUUAGAUUAUUGAAGGAGAGUUCCUCAAAAACUCCAGUUAGUCAAGUUAAGUUCAACUCCAGCCCAAACUUUUUUUAGUUUAGAGUGGGGAACAUACAAACCUUACAGAUAUUCUAACAUUUUCCAACUGUCCUGUAAAAUUUGCUUUCAUUGCCACCUCUUUCCCAAUUUUCAAAUGAUAUUCCACUAAGAUCUUUAAAUGACCUCUGAGCUACCAAUCAGAUUCAGACCUUCCCUGAGACCAUGUUCCUAAAGCUAAACUUGGCUGUUAAGAAAAAAAAAAAAAGUUCCUACAACUAUCCCCUAAUUGCACAUUCCAACUGUUCUGAACAAUACAAGCUGCCUAUAGAUUGCUAUGUAUAAAUCUGCAAAAAAAAAAAAAAAAAAACCCCACCAAAAACAAAGGUAGGAAAUAUUUUCCUAUUAAUUGUAUGCAGUGUUGAACGUAUAACAAAAGUAUAGUGGGGGUUUCUCAAUUUUGAUUGUAAAAGUGGAAACACACUUUUGAAAAAGUUCUCCCACCUACUGAUACCUUGCCCCGUUCUUCUACUCUAGCUAAGGCAAAAUUCCUGUUGCUUUCAAGUAUGGAGGCCCGAACACUGUCACAUAACAGAGGGGACUACUUUAAAGAACAUAUUCAGCUCCCCCCCCCCCCCAAUUUUUUGUUUUCCUUUAUUUACCUGAUACUGUGUUCUGCACAGCACAGAUACUCACCGAGCUAGCAGAUCCAGCAUUGACCUGCUGGUAUCCUCCUCUCUGCAGCCGCUGCAUUGAUGUGACGCUGCCAUGUUGCCGCCUGACAGCUGACGAUUCUUCCAGGUGCAGGCGCGCUAGGCCCGCACCCCCUCUUCCUUACUGAAAGGGACUGUACAUCAUGCAUCUCAGGUGGUCGGGGUACUGUCAUCAUUCGCCUAGGAUAAGUGAAUGCCGGAAGAUGGAGGGUGGGCCCGAGGCUUUUGGCAAAAAAAAAAA